ACCACAAUAUUUAGCCUAGCUUGCAACCAGGUAUAAUACUUAUGUCUUGUCAAUGUAUCCACGACAAGCAUACAUACAGCUUAUGCCUCUGUCGCGUUGCACGCCGCGAAGUUAGCUAACGCAAAACGUGUGAGACGGAAUUGGAUUAGCGGUAAAGGCUGUACCGUAGCAAAGCCCAACCAUAUAGUAAUUACACUGCACAAUGCAUUCUUGCUCUGCGCCUGGAUCCAUGGCCAUGGCGAGCGGCAGGGCACCCGAGUCCAAGAAGGUCUGCGUCGUCGGCGCUGGCAUGUCCGGGCUGGCGGCGGCGCGCGAGCUGCGUCGCGAGGGCCUCGCCGUCACGGUCAUGGAGCAGCGCGGCGACGUCGGCGGCCAGUGGCUGUACGACCCGAGGACCGACGGCAGCGACCCGCUGGGCGCCGCGGCGCCGGUGAGGGUGCACAGCAGCGUGUACGCGUCGGUGCGGCUGAUCAGCCCGCGCGAGUGCAUGGGCUUCUCCGACUUCCAGUUCGUGCCCAGGCCCGGCGGCCGCGACGCCCGCCGCUUCCCGGGCCACCGUGAGGUGCUCUCCUACCUCAAGGACUUCUGCGCCGCGUUCGGGCUCGCCGGCGCCGUCAGGCUCAACACCAAGGUCGUGCGCGUCGCCAUGGUGCCGCGGGACGCUGGCGCCGGCGGCGGCGUGAAAUGGCAGGUGAGAUCUGUGCACGUCGAUCCGGACGGCGGCGAGGAGGGGUCGCCGACGGAGGAGGUGUUCGACGCCGUGGUCGUGGCCAACGGCCAUUACUCGCAGCCGAGGCUGCCGAGCAUCGACGGGAUGGCGGCGUGGCCGCGGCGGCUGCACAGCCACUCGUACCGGGUGCCGGACCCCUUCCGCGGCGAGGCGGUGGUGGUGGUCGGCUGCGGCGAGAGCGGCCUGGACAUCGCGACGGAGCUCUGCGGCGUCGCCAGGGAGGUCCACCUCGCGGCCAGGUCCGUGGAGGAGGCCGCGACGCCGUCGCCGAUGAUGGCGAAGCUGCUCGCCAACCACGCCGGCAUCCGCCUGCGCCCGCCAGUGGAGCGCCUGCGCGAGGACGGGACGGUGGCGUUCGCCGACGGCUCCCUCGCCGCCGCCGACACCGUCAUCUACUGCACCGGGUACUCCUACUCGAUCCCGUUCCUGGACACGGCGGGGCUCGUCGCCGUGGACGGCGGCCGCGUCGGCCCGCUGUACGAGCACACCUUCCCGCCGGCGCUCGCGCCGUCGCUGUCGUUCGUCGGCAUGCCGAUGCACGUCUUCGCGCCGUGGUUCUUCCAGGCGCAGGCGAGGUGGGUCGCGCUGGCGCUGGCCGGCAGGGCGGCGCUGCCGCCGGAGGAGGAGAUGCUGCGGGCGGUGCGGGAGGACUACCGCGCCAGGGAGGCGGCCGGCGUGCCGGCCUACCGCACGCACUCCAUCCCCGCCGUCAACCCCAAUGAGCACUUGGAGUUCGUCUACCGGCACUCGGACCUCCCGCGCAUGGAGGAAUGGAAGGUGGAGCUGUUCCUGACUAGCUUGACGGACGCCAUGGAUGACCGCGAGGCCUUCCGCGACCGCGACGACGACGACUACAGCGAGAGCGUCCGCGACGGCCUGCGGAGGUGGCGCCGCGUCGCUGGCGCUCAAUACGAGGCAGCUCUUGCCGCCGCCGCCGCUGCUUCCAGUGAUCGCGCUCGUGCUGGUGCUGAUGCCGAGGCGCCAUUGCCGGCUCCGUGUCAGGUCUCACAUCUCUGAACCGAGCAGCACCAGCACCAGCGCCAUUGCCGGCUCCGUGUCAGGUCUCACAUCUCCCUGUCAUGUGCCAUGGGUUCGUGCCAGGGUUCACCUUUUCGUUUUUCUACCGAAUCCCGCCAACUCUCGGAAACGAAAUUUCGGCCGAAAUUUCGCCGAAUUUCGCUAAUUCCGAACGGAAAGAGAAUUCAAAUUCAAAAAACAAAAUUUCGG